AUGGUCGAUGAUGUGUACCUUCCGGUACGACUAGACCACAGGCCAUAUUGGUCGAUGAAGUACCUUCCGAUGGCCAAAAUCGCAAAUUUGGAUUUUGCACUUCUAACUGUGAGGGGUGACAAUUACCUACAAUGGGCACUAGAUGUCGAGAUUUCUCUUGGAGCCAAAGGCCUAGAGUAUUGUAUUAUUCCUCAGAACAAAGCUACUAAGAAAGAGAAUUCUAAGACCCUCAUGCUCAUCCGUCACCACAUUGAGGAGAGCUUAAAAGCUCAGUACCUCACAGUAAGUGAUCCAUACGAGUUAUGGAAAGAGCUUCAGAUGAGAUAUGAUCACCAGAAGACCUUGAUUCUUCCGGGUGCCACCUAUGAGUGGCUUCAUCUCAGGAUUCAAGACUUUAAGUCUGUGAAUGAGUACAACUCAGCCAUGUUUAAGAUAGUCUCAAAACUGAGGCUAUGCGGCGAGACUGUAACUGAUAAGCAGUUGUUGGAAAAGACUUUCCAGACAAUGUCCUCAAAACAGAACAACGAGCUGCUCUUGAAGAACAGUGAGCUUAGAACACCUGGAUCUAAGCAUGUCCCUGAGGCAAAUCAUACCUCAAAUGAGCCUAAUGAUGGUGCUGAAGCCAACCAUGUCCAAUAUGACCCUAAGGGCCGCGGAUCCUCAUAUGGAAGAGGACGUGGCCGUAGAGGUCAUGGGCGAGGACGUGGACAAGGUGGCAACAGCAAAGGGCGUAACACCCCUUAUGACCGUCCAAACCAGUCCAAUAAUGGACAAGGUAAAGGCAGAGGCAAUGGGACUUCUUCAAAGCCACAGAAUCCUGCAAGCUCACCUUGCCAUAGAUGCGGAAUGAUGAAUCAUUGGGCAAAGAAUUGCCGCACAGCCAAGCAUCUGGUCGACCUCUAUCAAGAGAGUCUUAAGGGCAAGAAUCCGGAAGCACACAUGGUGUACAAGGAUGGUGAGGACGAUUUUGAUCAUGACAAGGAUGACCUCAUGGACUUUGAGACUUCAGACAUACUCACUAUGCUGAAUGAUGAUCCAGUCGAAUAA